AUGGAGCCUACGGAAUCGCUGGUGGAUAUCGGAACCCACAGUCUCUUUCUUUCACUCCAGGGGAUCACCCGCGCUCCCGGCGGCCCGCUGGUUGUCUUUAUAGCCGGCGCCGGGGACGUGUGUGCCUCGUUUGUGGCCGUGGCGCGACUCGUAGGCGCAUUCGCACCCACGAUGUUGUACGACCGCUCGGGGCUGGGUCGCAGCCAGGACGGCCCUGGUCCCCCACGCGCGACGACCGCAGCCCAGGAACUACGCCUGCUGCAAGUCCGAGCCGGGCUCGAGCCUCCGUUUCUCCUAGUGGCCCACUCAUACGGCGGCAUCGUCGCACGCGAGUACCUGGAGCGGUACCCCGGCCUGGUGGCCGGCCUGGUGCUGGUGGACGCGGCGACGGAAGAACAGAUCAUGCUGGUCGAUGACGAGCAUCGCCGGGCCAUCAACGCCGUCCAGGGAGACUUAAACUUCGCCCGGGUCACCGGCUUGCGCGACAGGGCCCGGCUAUCGCGCGACGAAUGGCGCACACGAGCGGCCAGCAUCGCACGCGGCCAGUCAAUGGCCGAGGCAGAGGCCGGCUCCGCCCGAGAGAUAUGUGAGACCCUGGGGCGGAAAGAUCAAUAUCGCCGGCAAGUCUUGGGAACGAAGCCUUUGGUCGUUCUCCGAGCCCGAAGCUCGCAUGACUACGAACGCAUCUACGAGGCCGGGGUAGCGGCCGGCCACGGCACAGAAGCUCAACGCAGCUCGUUUCGCCAAUUGCUAGAUCGCUGGGACUCGGUGGACCGCAGGAUGCAAAUGGCGCAAUUACAGCUGUCAUCUACUCAUCGUUUUGUGGACGUGCCAGACUGUGGCCAUCACGUCCAUUUAAUCCGUCCCGACUUGCUGGCGGCGGAGGUGCAGUGGGUGAGGGACGCUGUCCUGUCGUCGAACGAGCCAUUGGAAAAGCUUUGA